GUCUGGACAACAGCCAUAAUCAUCAUCAUCAUCGAUUGAUUGAGCGGCAGUUGAGUUCGAUUACUACUGCUACUACUACUCCUACUCCUACUCCUAGUACUCCUACUACUAGUACUUGUCGGAGGAGCAAAUGCAGCGAUAGAAAUAUUAUGGACGAUAUAAUGGGUAACGCGGAGGAUUUCAGAGAUUUCGUGGAGUCGGAUUCUGACCGCGAUCCCGGCGACGAGGAGGGCGAUGAAGCCGUAGGCACUGCUUCCGCUGCGGCUGCUGCUGCUGCUGCUGCUACUGCUACUGCAAAUGACGCCGCUGCCCUGCUUCGUGGGGGGAGGACUCGUUUCCAGGGGGACCUCCGUUCGCCGGCUGAAUGCAACAGUGGCCAGCAUUAUCGUCCGGAUGACCUUCGAGGACAUGUGGGUAAUGGUGGAGUUGGGGAAGGUGCUGGCGGAGGUGCUUCUUGUCACCAUCUGAUGGAGAAUGGCAAAUCAAAUCUGCAGUUUGAUGAUGGGCCAAGUCUAUCAAGAACAUCAAACGGAUUAUUGCCGCCGGAGAAAGAGAAGACUGUGGCGAGCAGUGUGCCUAGCGGAGACAGAUCUGAUGCUGAUAACUUGGGGCAGAACGGAAAAGCGCAGUGCUCGCUGAAUGGUGGUCCUCCCUCAAAGGAAUCUGUAACUGGGCCAUCGACGGGGGGUGCUGGGGCCGUCUCAGGCAGCGGAGGCUCUCCAUCUGGAGACAAGCCACGGGUACGAUAUUUUGUUAUCAAGAGCUUGAACCAUAAGAACAUUGCAAGCUCGGUUGAGAAGGGCAUCUGGGCAACUCAAGCUAUGAAUGAAGACAAGCUGAAUGAGGCUUAUCGGAGUGCAGAGCGAGUGCUUUUGAUCUUCAGUGUGAAUACAAGUGGUCAUUUUCAAGGGUAUGCAAGGAUGGCAUCGCCAAUAGGAAGACGAAUGUCAACAUUAUGGAGUGAGAAUGGCGAGGGAGGCAGCCCCUGGGGUGGGACAUUCUCGGUAGAAUGGAUUCGGCUUUUCGAUCUUCCUUUUCAGAAGACUCUUCAUCUCAAGAAUCCUCUCAAUCACUGGAAGCCUGUAAAAAUUAGCCGUGAUUGUCAGGAGUUGACUGCUGACAUAGGUGAGGCACUGUGUGCGCUGAUUGAUGAAGGUGCAGAGAAAGAGAGCAGUGCAAAGAGCUCAACAGUCGCUUCCCCUGUGCAAGAACCAUUCAUUCCCCGCAAGCAGGAGUGCAAGAAAGGAAAAGCACGGAAAUUGUAUACUGGGGACCAUGUAGGGCAGGAUGUGGCUGGUCUGAAAAGGUUGCGUCCUGAGCAACCUGGAUUGCUUUCAAAGCUCCCGUCCCCCUUCCUUGAGACAACACCUGUGCAUCCCUUGUUAUGUCCACCCUUGGUUUCGAGCAAGCAUCCAGCUGGGCUUAUACUCCCAGAGACAUACACCCAACGUGCACUUGGCCAUUGUGCAACAGCAUACACCUUUGAUGCCAGGGAGAGUGCUGACAUGCCACUUCUGCGGAUGUCACAGCAGCACUCCAUGUCGCCAGAGUCAUCAAGGGAUGGGUCACGAGAACGAGAUUGGGAUCGUGAGUAUUUUUGGGAUCGCGAUCGAGACCGGGAUAAAGAUGGGCAAGACAAGGGUGAUUGUCACAAUUCCAGAAGUUCGCCCCAAUCAUGGUGGCGUGGCCAAUCUCGAGAGCUGGCAUUUUCACCAACAGAAGAUCUUCUGAGCAUGACAUAUGAGGAGUACCUUGAACGACACGGCCACAGUCAAUCGAAGGAUGCUCGAGGAUUGCUCACUACGCAGGGAUUGGGACAACAGACGCCAUUCUUAUUCCCGAUGGCUCCUGCACCACCUGUCUCUGUAACGCCAUCAGCUUACGGAAAUGCUUACUGUGGACCUCCUGUGGUGGGGACCAGUUUGAGUCUUCCUGAUGAGAGAUUCUUGAGCUAUUACUGGAACAGCAGGCAGCUUCAGAGCGCAGGGAGCAGUUUUCUGGGUUCCCUGAACAAUGUCACAGGUGCGAGUGGGUUGGAGCGACUUGUUCCCCAUCCAUCACCUGUAUUACAGCCUGCGUUGAAUCAUCAGACAAGAGCACCGGAGGCUCUGAAGGUGGGAGGUACAAGCGAACUGCUGAAUGUAAGGCUUGGCUGGCCAUGCUGACGUCUCAGCUCCCUGAAAUCCAGUGGUGAGAAUCAUCGUAACAAGAUUCUUGAGGACUCUGUGAAUGAACCGUUCACUGUCAAGUCGCAUGAACCAAAUGAGGACAGACAUUCGAAGAGAGGCGGGCUGAUCGAUGGACAGAAAGUGACAGACAGAGUUACAGACACACUGAGACACAGAUGGACAGGCAGACAAACAGACAGACAGACAGAUAGACAGACAGACGGACGGACUGACUGACUGACGGACGGACGUACGUACGGACGGACGGACGGACGGACAUACUGACGUACAGACCUACAAGUAGAUGCAGAGAAUGACACUAAACUGUUUACUGGAAGACAGUAAAUGGACAGAUGGCUUGUGGUGGCAAAAUAAUGCAAAACUGGGCCUCCACAUGGCGGUCAAGACCAGCAUUUUAGUUUGGGUUUUGACUCUUUUCUCGCUGUCAUUAAACUUUUUCUUUGUGUUUGCUAGUCCAUAAGUAUCUUUCCCCUUUCCACCCACGACCUUUCUGUUUAUUUUUUCCAUUGUUCCUUGGUUCAAACUUUGAACUGGAUGUCCUUUGCGUGGGAACAGUUUCGUCAAUUUCCAACUUUUGAUUUUGGUUUGCCCACACUGGGAUUCGCAGGGGUUCAAUCAGGCCUCGUGUUUGCAGGCCAGGUUUCACCUGGCCUGAUGUGUGUGUAGAGAGAGAGAGAGAGAGAGAGAGAGAGAGAGAGAGAGAGAGAGAGAGAGAGAGAGAGAGGGUUGAAUGUAGUGACUGGCAAUUUUUAUAUAUAAUGGGAAUGUUUGUAAAGUGGUGCGUUGAACGAGACUUUGCAGACUGUUGUAAUGCUGUGGCAUAUGCUGGUGACUGUGACAUUUGAGAGUAGGGAGGACAGGGUAUAGUUGAGAUCUUACCUCGUAGGUUGUAGGUGAGCGGUAAGGCACAUUUUCUGGUGAUGUAUAAUGAAGUGUGCAUCAGGGAUAGUCCAGCUCGUCCUGUUGGCUGCCUUGCCGAGAGAGGGGCUAUUCCCCCCAGAGAGAUGCUACUAGUGACUGUUCGACGUUAAGUCUUCUAAUUUGUGAUCGAUAAGCAGGCAGCUGUCAUAGAUACAUUGAUGAGUUAUGAUGUAAACAGACACACAUGCAGACACAGGUACUGGCAUAUGCAGAGGAAAGUGUGACGUUGUUGGGUUUGAUUAUGACAGCACUACGGAACGAUCAUGCUUCUCGGUUUGAGAGGUUCACGGUUCCCCCACCUUUUGACCAUUUCCCCCACCACUUUGCCCAGCUGCCCUUCCUUCCGACUGCCUUGAAUCAGCCCUUACAUGCCUUGGAGUGGGGGCGCCGGGUGAGGUAAAACUAAGCUUCGGGCACGCUGAGUGAGAUUGCCUGUGGUAACCGAGAGAAUGCAGUUGGCAGAGCACAGACAGACACUCGAUGUUGUGUAAUAGAACAGCACUCUGUACAUGUGAUAGUUGUGACUAUGGCGCAUCAUUGCCAAUGAACCAGGUCAGGUCUAGGCAGGAGUAUUCCCACUGUUGUGCCAUGCAGCUGCUGAUGGUGCUGAUGCCUCUUUCAAGUUUCGUUUAUCCUGCUUGGAUUGCCUAAUGUGUAUCAAUCUUCGGGAAUUCCUCGUUAUGCUCCCUUGUAUAUGGCUUGCCCGGUUUCUGCAGUUCUCCACAUUUCCCUUUGGACAAAGUAAACGAGAAGCAAGGUGAUUCGGUUGCUCCUUUCCUUGCUCGUCUAUGAUCAAUUAAUAAAGCCCAGUGAUAAGG